AUGAACACAAGUGAAUUAAUCUUUAUUGAAAGACCUCAGAGAGUAUUUCAAGACUGUAGAUUACUUGAACAAAAUUAUUCUUACAUUCAAGCAUUGAAAUGUUUAUCAUCUAAUAUAGUCGGUACAAUAGUCGGUUAUCUUAUACCAAUUUUCAGUAUACCUUGUAUCAUAAUUAAUUUAUUCAUUGCUAUCAGUGUGAUAAUGAAAGGUAGAAAAGCAUCACGUCAACUAAUUUAUGUUUCCGGUAUAUGCUUAUCAAGUGCAAUAGCAAAUAUUCUGUUUGUAUGGUUAUGGCAAUAUCCUUCUUAUGGUUUACCGUACACAACAAGAGCAACUAAAUUCUUUUCAUUUCUAAACAUCUCCGUUACUGCAUGUCGAUUUCAUCGUUUUGUGUAUUCAUCGUCAGCAACAUUCAUGUGUAAUAUGCGUGUAUGCUCUUCAUUGGACAGAUGUUUGGCUGUAUGGAUGCCAAUUAAGUUGAGAAAAUUUCGUCAUCAUUAUGCUUGGUAUGUUUAUGGAGUUGUCAUUUUUAUUAGUGCAUUAUUAAUGCUACCAUUUGCUACUGAAAUUGACUGGAUACCAACAAGAUUUGGCUUGCAAUGUUGGGUUCGGAAUUCCAAUGCAUACAUACAAAUACAUCAUUCAUUACUUUCUAAUUUAGGUCCUGUGCAAACUAUGAUAUUGAUAAUAAUUGAUAUAACAUUUGCCUUCAAAUUUCAUCAACAAUUGAAAAAGCAUAAAACAGAUGAAAUCGAUGCAAAAAGUAGUAAACAAAUGCAUCGUUAUUUAUUAUUGUUUAUAUCGGCUGUGUCAUAUAAUGUACUUGCUGCAACACAAUGUACAUUUCUACUACUUGCACGUUUAGGUAGUCUUGGUUUCAUUAAAUUUGAAUCAAGUCUUGCUUACAAUAUGUCAGAUAUUUUAUGGUACUUAAACUCAUUAAGAGAAGUACUUGACUUUGUUAUUUAUCAUAAAUGUUUUCGUGUGUUUUAUGGUCUCACAUCAAGACUAUCUAAAAUGUUUUAUGACAAGUCAAAAAGAACGGUUUCAGGUAGUCGUAGUAUCAGUGCAACAGAUAUUACAUCAGGUUAUAACUAA